GAACAAUUCAAGAGUCCGGAAUUGGACUCCCAAGUUAAAUAUUUUCCGAGCAGUAGCAACGCUUAAGAGAGAGCGAGAGAGAGAGAGAGAGCAGAAUGCUUCCAGAAUUGCAGAAGAUGCAGUCUUCCUUAACAGUUGGAUUGAGGGCGUACCACAAAAUAUCACAGAAAGCUUUCGAUGCACUGGACUUGAAAGAGACGGUAACAAGCAGCUUCGGCUCGUUUGUUUCGGGGGUUAAAGCCGAACAUCUCUCAGACGUGGUUCUACAUAGGAGUAAGCGUAUGAUUCUGGAUAACAUUGGAGUUGGGCUCCUGGGGAGCACCAGUCAUGUUUUUGACAUUUGCCUGAAUUACUGCCGGCAUAUGUUUGCCCAAGACCCGGUGAGCUCAGUGUAUGGACGUAGUGGUUUAAAACUUUCCCCUACUCUAGCUGCGUUCGCCAAUGGAGUCGCGGUCCACUCCAUGGACUUCGACGACACCUGGCAUCCCGCCACUCACCCAUCGGGGGCUGUGCUGCCUGCUCUCCUGGCUGCCGCCCAGAUGCUGCCUGUUAACUCCAAACCCAGUGGUCUCGACUUGCUACUGGCCUUCAAUGUGGGUAUUGAAAUUCAGGGCCGGUUACUGCGCUUCUCUCAGGAAGCACACAACAUUCCCAAGAGGUUCCACCCUCCGAGUGUUGUGGGGACAAUGGGUAGUGCUGCAGCUAUUGCUAAAUUUCUAAAACUUAAUCCCAAGCAAUGUGUUAAUGCCCUGGCUAUUGCAGCGUCACUUGCAGGGGCACCAAUGGCCAAUGCAGCUACCCAGGCAAAACCCAUUCAUAUUGGCAAUGCUGCACGGCUGGGCUUUGAGGCAGCUCUCCUGGCCUCUAAAGGAAUGGCGGGUAGUGCUGCAAUUCUAGAUGAUACCCCUGGCUGUUUUGGGUUUUCUGCUUUCUAUGGUGAUUAUCACCCUCAAGAGAUACCAUCUCUUGAGCAGACAUGCUUCUUGCUAGAAGAGCAAGACAUGGCAUUUAAGCGCUUCCCAGCUCAUCUGGGCAUGCACUGGGUGGUCGACGCUGCUGUCUCUGUGAGGCAAUUAGCGACUGUCAAUGAAGGUGUUUCUCCCUCCUCCAUGAUCAAGAAGAUCAUUCUGCGUGUCCCUGCUUCCCGGUACAUCAACAGACCAUUCCCAAAGACAGAACACGAGGCUCGUCAUUCCUUCCAGUUCAAUGCCUGCUCUGCAUUGUUGGAUGGAGAUGUGAGCAUUGACUCAUUCAGUGAAAGCAAACUGCAGCGAGCUGAUCUCAGUGAGUUACUGAACAAAGUGGAGCUCCAGCAUCCUGAAGAUAACUUGGCCAGCUUUGAGAAGAUGUAUGGAGAAGUAGUUUUGGUCCUGAAGAACGAUGACAUUCUCCGUGGAAGAUGUGACACCUUUUACGGACAUUGGAGAAACCCUCUGUCCAGAGAAUCCCUGGUCAGGAAAUUCAAAAAUAAUGCAUCAUAUGUGCUGCAGCAGGACAAUAUAGAAGCUAUCAUUGAAUCAGUUGAAAACCUUGAAAAUAUGAAAGAUUGUUCCACAUUAAGUUCUUAUUUGGAGUGAAAAAGAUUAAUUUUUACUGAUCUCUAAGAGUGAUUUUAGCAUGCUCCUCAUGGGUUUUCAUGGGUGAAAUGUAAUCUGUGUUGAAAUGAUUGAAACUUCUGGUGUCACUGAGUGUAAAAUUGAUGACAUCCCCAGUGUGAAGGUGCAACACAGGAAACUCGAUUCCACUGAGUGAAGCAACACACAUCAAAGUUGCUCGACGAAGGGUCUCGGCCUGAAACGUUGACUGUACCUCUUCCUAGAGAUGCUGCCUAGCCUGCUGCAUUCACCAGCAACUUUGAUGUGUGUUGCUUGAAUUUCCAGCAUCUGCAGAAUUCCUGUCGUUUGCGUCCACUGAGUGAAGGUGCCUGUGACACUGGAUUGUUACCAGGGAACCGGAAGCAGAGUCUUUGUAUUCUUAACACAUCAAACUGGGCAGGAGUGCAGAGUUGUAGUUAGUGAGAUAACCCAAGUACUGCCUCUUUGGAAAUCCCACCACUUCCAUGAUGAUAGUAGCCUUGCUGCCAGCUAUCCCAAUCCGAUACUGGUUUGGAUUCAUACUGUAAGUUGCAUCAUAGUCCAUAUUUAGUAUAUAGUCCACGUUUUAAUAGGGAAUUGGGUAAUAGUUGCGUAGUGUUUAACACAACACUUUACAGUAUCAGCGACCCAGUUUCAAUUCACGCCGCUGCCUGUAAGGUGUUUGUGCAUUCUCCCCGUGACCGCAUAGGUUUCCUCUGGGUACCCCCACAGUCAAAAGAUGUACUGGUUAGUAGGUUAAUUGGUCAUUAUAAUUUGUUCCAUAAUUAGGCUAUGGUUAAAUCAGGGGCUGCUGGGCGGCAUGUCUCGAAGGAGCAACUCCAUGUUCAACCCUAAUAAAUAAAAAAAUAAAUGACAUCUGUAAUCUGUCCAUUCUCAAAGACAUGGUUUCUAUCGGCCUAAAGAGAUAGCGAGUUUAGAAUUCUCAGAUCACCCAUGGCCAACACUAUGUAUACUUACUUUCCACCAUUAUGAAUGUAUCCUUAACUGUCCUACAACUGGAAGGUGGAAAAACCAAGUGAAUCUGGAUUAUGCUAAAAAUAAUUGGCUACUUUCAAACUUGAGAGCUAAUCCUAUCACAAGAGCUUCAGGCAUUGUAUUUGUAAAUUAUUUCCCUGAAUCGACAUGGUGCUAAUAAAGGUUGUAAUAAUCUAUUUCAUGAACAUAAUUGUUAAAAGAU